GUAGCCACUCUGGGCUGGCUGGGCACUGAAAUCUCCCCCCCCCCGACAUUCUCUCUGAGUCCUCAUUUUAUACGGCUCUUCCCGGGUUGAGCAGGAAUUCUCAUUGUUUUCAUUUUCCUUUCUCAGAGGUUCACUCGAGGCUAGCCAGUCAGUACAUCUGUCCGCCUGCUGCGCGAAAGGCAGCCCCACAGAAAUUACGGAAAGUACAGCCUUCACCACAGCUGCUCGUACCGCUCCUCGCUCUUUUUCUCUCUCCCCGCUUCUUGAAUCCUGUAGCGAGAGCAGACUUUUACCCUCUAUACCUUGAGUGAUGGAACUUCAGUCAGUAAAUAAACCCCAGGGUGAACCGUCCCCAUCUAUCCCCAGACCCCAGGGUGACAAUGCCAGCACCGAGGUGGCUAAAGAGGACCUAGAAGCCAACAAGAAGAUAGAGAGGUUUGACAUCCCGCUGGACAGUCUAAAAAUGGUCUUUGAGAAUUGCACAGAAGUAGGAGCUGACAGAAUAGCGCACAGCCCAACACCCAGGAGAUCCACUGCGGGGCCAACGAGCAACACGUCCUUAGAACAGAAAAGGACCUCCUCUAAUCCCAGCCAGGGAUCCAGUCAAGCUGCGGACAGCGUGAGCGGAAGCAGGCGGCAGAAACGUUCCAGGGAAGACAUGAGCCAAAGCGACAACGGCGAGCCAGCAGAGGCAGAGGCUGUGUCGGUGAAGGAGCGCAUGGCUCUGUACCAGGCUGCAGUCUCCAAGAGGGAUGCCAGCGGUGCCUCCAGUGUGGUCCUGGGGGAGUCCGAACCAUGCUCCUUACCUGGGGGGCUCGCCAGCGUCAAGAAGCAAUUUGAGAGCCAGGAAAUCGCCUCAUCUCAGAGCGGCACCACCCAGGCGCAGCUCCAGCAGCGACCUGCGCAGGUCUCACAUGAUCAAAAUUUUCACCAGAGCAACAUAGCUGCCCAUUAUGAAAACCAUGAUGAUGAAACAGUGAGGGCAUCAGAAGGAGAGGAUCUACCAAAACUUUCCACCAGGGCUUUGAAGCAGCAGUAUGAAAAAACCAUUGAACAGGCAUCACCAAGCAAACCAAUUAAGACUGAUGUUGAUUUCAGCCAGUUUCAGUGGGGCCAAGAUGUAAAUCUAUCAUCUGAAACUUCAACAGAGCGAAUGUAUGAAACAUCAUCCAUAAUUAGGGAAGUGGAGGGGAGAACCUCGGCCUAUGGGAGCAUGGAGAACUUCCCUCCUCCACCUUCAGAUCUACUGCAGGUUCCUGAACGUCCCUACUCACCUGAGCCAGUAGAACUGAACUUUAAACCCAUAGUCACAAAGGAACAAUAUUCUAAGCAGAGAAAUCUGUAUGAGUUCAAGCGCUUGUACAAGCACAUUAAUCCAGAGGUCCGUAAGAGUCUCGAGAGUGACUUUUUCAAUGAGUUGGAGAGUCAUGGUGGAACCGCAGAUGAUUACCAGCAGGCCAGAUUUAUGUUUGAGAAUUCUGGAAGCAGUCCAAGCAAGUGUUUAAGCCCAGAAAGAGAGUACAUGGAGUGGGAUGAGAUCCUCAAAGGAGAAGUACAGUCCAUGCGCUGGAUAUUUGAAAACAAACCCCUGGACUCAAUAAGAGAAUACUCCCCUGAUAAUGACAACAUAAAGAACAUUGCCCAAAAGGAGAUCAUUGCAGGGAAUGAUGUCAAGUACACGGCAUGGAUGUUUGAGACCCAACCAAUGGAUGCACUGGGCACAAGCUCCCCAGAUUCAGCUGAAUACCGGGGCAAAAUAACUGACUGGGCAAGAGGAGAUGUCCGCACUGCUACCUGGCUCUUUGAAACACAGCCAUUAGACACACUUAAUACAAUCUAUCAGGAGGAGGAGCCAAUCACAACUAUCAGCACAAAUGAUGUGAUUGGAGGGGACGUGCAAUAUGGCAGGUAUUUGUUUGAAAAUGAACACCUUGACUCUCUGGGUCAUACAGAGACCAUUGAUGAAAGUCAUUUCCUGCAACUAAAAUCAGAACUUGAGGAGAUUAAGGGAGGAGUCAAGAAAACAACCAGCAUGUUUGAAACCCAGCCUAUGUGUGUCAUCAGGGGGGAAGCUGGUGAGAUGCUAGAAAUUACAACCGUUCGCAGAGAGGAAACUGAGAGAGGAGAUGUCAAGACAUCCCGUUGGCUCUUUGAAACCCAGCCUUUAGACAUGAUCAACCAGGACCCUGCUCAGGUGAAACUUGUUUGCGGAGUGUCUAUGGAGAAUAACUAUCAGGGUGGGUUGAACAAGGGCAGAUGGCUUUUUGAGAUGAAAACUUUAGACUCCGUUCAAUUUGAGGAUGGGGAGAACUCUAGGCUCCAAACAGAGGAAAUAAUUGGAUCUGAUGUCCGCAAGCAUUGCAGGAUGUUUGAGAUGCAGCCUUUGGAUGCUUUGAAAGAUCAUUCCAAUGAUAAACCCUGGUAUACAGAUGAAAUUAUAGGAGGUGAUGUCCAAUCAACCAGACAGUUUUUUGAAGGUGCUCCAGGGGAGCAUUUCAAGGACAUGUCUGAGGUAGGCAAACUUCAAAAAGCUGUAGCAUUACAAGAGGAGAGAGGCGAUGUUAGUCAUCAGAAAUGGCUCUUUGAGAGCCAACCACUUGAGAACAUCAGAGAGGAGAAAAGGGAGAUAAUGCGUACUGUGAAACUUGAAGAAAAUGACAAGGGAGAUGUCUCAAACUGCAAGGAAAUAUUUGAAACUACCAAUUUAGGCAGACAUGACCAAAUUCAAAAAAUGGAAGUAGAGGGUAUAACCAGUGGCUAUGUGAAGGCAAACAAAGUCUAUUUUGAAUCUACACCCAUUUAUGCCAUGCAGGAUAAUUCAGGCGGUUACCAUGAGGUGAAAGCAGUACGACGGGAGGAGAUAGUGCAAGGGAAUGUCCAAAGUUUCAAGUGGAUGUUUGAAACAUGUCCUAUUGAUCAGUUUUAUGAGAGUAUGAACAAGUUCCAGCUUAUAAAAGGAAUAUCCAAAGAGGAGAUUGAAUCAGGCAAUGUUAAAACGACUAAGUGGCUUUUUGAGACGCAGCCACUGGACUCUAUCAAAUAUUUCAGCAUCGCCAAGGAUGAGGAAGUUGAGGACAAUAACUCUGAAAAUGACAUAGUGAAAGGGGAUGUGAAUAAAUGCAGAUGGCUGUUUGAAACUCAACCCAUGGAUGUUCUUUAUGAGAAAAUGGAGGGGAAAGGUGAAAGAGAAACGGAAAACGUCCAAAAAGGGGAUGUGAAAACGUGUACUUGGCUUUUUGAAACACAAGACCUUGACACAAUCGGAGACAGUUCCCAAUCGGACAUAAAGACGUACACCAUCAAACUGGAUGAUGUCAAAGGGAAUGAUGUCCAGAUGACACGUUUUCUUUUUGAGACUGAGAACCUGGAAAAUAUCACAGGAGAAGAGGUUGCUGCUUUUAAGAAGGUCACAGAUAUUGAUAUUCAGUCUGGUGAUGUAUCUAAGAUGAAGUAUAUAUUUGAAAACCAGUCCUCUGAUAUAAUGACCUCAAGCUCAAAGGAGACUAUGCAAAAGCUAAAAUAUAUUACGCCGGAAGAUCUUCAGAAAGGAAAUGUGAUUAACUGCACAUGGCUGUUUGAAAAUCAGCCUAUAGACAACAUCCAUGGAAAUUCUGAAGAAGCUAAGGACACUCACACUGUAAAUGAUGUACUAGGAGGCGAUGUCAAUAGAAGUCGUUUUAUUUUUGAGACGUUGUCUUUGGAUAAAAUCCAGGAGGAUUCCUCCAAAUCAGAAACCACAGAUAUUCAAUCUAUCCACACAGAGAUUGAGAAGGGUUAUGUGAAAAAUCACACCAUAAUGUUCGAAACUCAGCCAUUAUAUGCCAUCAGAGAUCAAGAGGGCAAUUACCAUGAGGUCACUACUGUCACCAAGGAGGAUGUGACAAAAGGUGAUGUAUUGGGAACAAGAUGGCUGUUUGAAACUAAACCUCUUGAUUCCAUAAAGGACACAAAUGAGGUUUAUGUUAUCAAAGCUGUCACGGAGGAGAAUGUUCAGAAAGGAGAUGUCACCUCAGCCAGGUGGAGGUUCGAGACACAGCCUCUUGAUGAGAUUUCUGAAGACGCAAAAGUUUUUGUUAGGACUGUGGAUGAUAUUCAAGGGGGAGAUGUUAGGAGUAGCAAGCAGCGCUUCGAGAACAGUGACACGUCUCAGAAUUUUGCGAGGAUGGUCAGCACGAGUGAAAUACAAAAGGGGGAUGUCAAAAGUGCUGCGUGGAUGUUUGAGACAAAUACAAUUGAUGAAAUCCAUGAUAAAGAAUGCAGAGAAAUGGAAAGAGUAGGAAAAGAUGAGAUGUUAAAGGGGGAUGUCAAGCAGUCGGUAUGGCUUUUUGAAAAACAGCCUCUUGACACGCUUAAAGACGUCGACACAACCAACGCUGGCAUGAACCUGGAGGAGAUUCCACAAGGGGAUGUGAAAACGACAAUGUGGCUAUUUGAAACAACACCUUUCCACAAGUUUAAUGAAAACAGGGCGGAGAAAGUUGAAAUAGUGGGCAAAAGCGUCAGAGAGACCCUUGAAAAGCUGAACUGUCAGAAAGCAGCCAGCUCACACGGAAUAAUAAUAGAGGCGGAUGAAGUUGGCGACGUCAGAAUGGCAAAGUUCAAGCUCAUGAAUCGGGACGUUCCAGAAAUCCAAAAGGAAAAAGUCAUCGGUGUGGACCUGAAAAAUAUAGUAAUGAAUUUGCUGAAGCAUGAGGAAGUAUCUAAAAGCGCAGUUACAAUAAAUGAGGAAGAAAGGGGUGAUAUCGAUACAACAGUGAAACGGCUGUUCAACCAGGAGACACGCCUCAACGUAAGUAAAGAGGAAAUCAUCAGAGGAGAUAUCCAGGAGGCCAUUAACAGCCUACUGACGAAGGAAGGAUCUGAAAGACAGGGUAUACUUAUUCAGGAGGAUGAGAAAGGAGAUAUAAAGAUGACUAUGUAUUCUCUUCUCAAUAAUAAUAGAAGUACUACUGUUGAUAAAGAGCACAUCGUUGAAGGUAAUGUUAGAGGGACUCUACAUAGGCUCCUUUCUAACCCUGAUAAUCCAGAGCAACUUGUGCGAAUAAAAGUAGGUGAAACAGAAAGGGGAAAUGUUAGUUUUUACUCUACCUGUAUAGAGUCUGGUGCAUUAGACUACCUCAAACAGCUCCAGGCUGAACCAGAUGAGGUUCCCAAUGGUAAGGAAGAGAAAGAACAAAUUGUAGGUGGCGAUGUAGAAGAGAUAAAGCUUGUCCUGAGAAGGAGUCAGCUGCAAAUUGAACGCACCAUAGCUGAGGAUGACAUCGUCCCGGGUGACGUCCACAACACUGCUCAGGUUUUCAUGACUCAGCCGGACACGUCGAGCGCCACUGUGCAGAAGAAGGAGAUCGAGAAGGGGGACGUGAGAUCAGCCUUGGACUCUCUAAAACAGGCCAUGGAGCAGACGGUUGUGAUUGAGAAGGAGGAAUUGGUGAAAGGUGACAUCAACACCACACUGAGGUCACUCAAAGAGUUCCAGAAUCAACAGAAGGUAGUUGAACGGCCAGAGAUUGUCCCAGGUGACAUCAAGGGAGCACUUCGAUCUCUCGAAGAGUCAAUGUCCACAAAUGUUGAUAGUGUCAUUGAAGACUUAGUACCUGGUGAUAUCAAAGGUGCCAUUAAGUCAUUGGAGAUGGCUAAGCAUGCCGUGAAAGAGAUUGAGAAAGAGGAGAUUCUUAAAGGGGAUAUUCAAUCUGCAAAGCAUAGCUUACGAGAGGCUUCUAAUGAGAGGAUGGUCUGCCAGCAGCAAGCGAGUGAACAGGGCAAUGUUAAAGACACCAUACAGCUCUUACUGGAAACUGCAACUAAACAGCAUAAACCCAUCAAAGACAGAUACAUGAAAGUGUCUGUAAAGUCUCUAUAUGACAUACAGGAGCAAACUAAAAUGGAACGAGAGGAUAUGAUCAAAGGAGAUGCUAAAAGUGCAGUAAAAAGCAUACUGAAGACAGAGCAGCAUACCAUUGUAAAACCAGUUCACGCUGUUAAGAAUUUAUCCCUAAGUGUGGAAUCCCAUAAAAACACGAAAAAGCUCAUUAAACCAGUGAAGAGCAGUUUUUCAACUCAGAUGGACCAUUCCCAUACAACAAAAAGCACAGUGGCGUUAGGAAUCAACAGAGGUUCAUCACAAAUGAAGAUGACUGCAAAACAGACACAGGAGAUUGGGACUGUCAAACAAACAUCAGAACAAACAGCAGUCACCCAGAACCUUGAGGUUAAAUCUCUUAGGACAGAUCUUCAUAAGAACAGCAGAAAAACAGAAAAUAAGGCCAAACCAAAAUUAUGCCUCCAACUGUCAGCCUCUGCUCCAUUAUCUGACCCGGAGUUUCCACCUCCACCUCCAGAAUGUGACAGUCAGGUAUCUGCCGCUCCUUGUCUGCCUCUCAUGAGGCAAGACAGUGAUCUUCCUCCACCCCCACCCCCACCUCCACCUAUGGAGCCAUUGAAGUUUGAAGCUGACCACUUCCCACCUCCUCCAUCUCCUCCUCCAGCAGCAAUGACAAGAUAUGACUAUUUGCCACCCCCACCUUCACAGGGAGAACUCGCAUUUAUGCCUGUUUGUGAUUUCCCUGCAAAGACCAGAAAAAUCACGGAGGAACCAAUGAAAGCAUCCUCUAUGUUCAAAAGUGCCAGGCCUGACCUGCCAAAGUCUGCCGGAAUCUCGUUGCAAAACUCAAUGCAGGAAUUACCUUGUCUACCACAGAAGACGUUCAUUCCACCAGUAAAACUACCCACACCUGAUCCCGAGCCCCAAUCCACAAAACAAAAACCUUAUAUGAGAAAAUUUAAAACUCCACUGAUGAUUGCUGAGGAAAAGUACAGAAAACAGAAAGAAGAAACUGAGAAGAAGACAGGAGUCUCUUCCUUCAUUUUGUCUUCCGGUAUUAAUGAGAAUUCCAGUGGUGCAUUUGAAGGGGUCAUCGCUGAUAACAAAAAUUCAAAGCAAUUGGGGGAGAUAAUGAAAUCAGAGGGCUUUCUGCGGAAUGGGGAAGAGACUGUGACCAAAGGCACAUUGGACACUGCAUCACCUGAUCCAUCUGUUCAGUCAACACAGCCAAAGAUCCCUUUAGCAAAGAAUCCAAAUUCUGCAGUUAAACAAAAUCCUUUCGAAUCUUUGAAAUGUGACAGUUAUUCUAAAAACAAAUGUGUCUCUGCUUCUGUUCUGUAUCAAACUAUACCCACGUGUCCUACAAGGCCUGAAACGUCUUCCCUAAAAGAACAGACUGCAUCAGUUUCUUCUGUUAAAUUCCACUCUACCCCUGAAGCACUGCAGCCUUCAAACAAGAUGAUGAUGUCCACUGCUGUUGGGAAACUUGCUAGUGUGUUGAAUACCAGCUCAGAAAGUGUUAUUGUUAAAGAAAAUGUUGUCCACAGCUUGAAAAGCAUUACAAAUGAAGGCAGGAUUUCUAUUAAGGCUGAAAAUGAUUGGCCUGCCUCACACGACCUGGGGCAGGUACUGCAGCAGCCUCAGAGAAAUAUGAUUCCAAAAGUAACUCAGAAUUUAAAGCCUAAAAUUUCCUUGGUUUCCAAUGUUGAAGAAAUAGAAAUUCAACAGCAAAAUAAAGCUAAGAAAAGAGAUCAGCAAUCUGCAGUAAAGAGGAAAAGUCAGGCGACACAAGAAGAAACAAUUCAAAGUAAAAAAGGUGAUAGUUUACUAGCCUUUGAUGUGCAUGAAACUAGUACAGUGAAAACAAGCAGUGAACAGACAAACAUAGAAAGUGAACAGUUUGCCAAAGGUUAUCACCAAACUGCAGUCAAGGGGAAAAGUCAGGUGAAACAUGAAGAAACAAUUCAAAGUAAAAAAGGUGAUAGUUUACUAGCACAUGAUGUGUGUGAAACUGGCAUAGUGAAAAUAAGCAGUGAACAGACAAACACGGAAAGUGAACAGAACACGGCCAAACAGAGAGAAUCUGAAAGGAUUUCUACUGGGAAUGACAGCAGAGCAGAAAUACAGAAGAAGAAAAAACAUAAAUCAAAGAAGGAAAAAACCACUGUGAGGGAGGAGAAGAUGACGGAUUGCUUGAAAACAUUGUGUGAAACGAACGCAGUGAAAACAAGCAGUGAACAGACUAACACAGAAAGUGAAGAGGUUGUCAGUGGAGAUCAACAAACUAAAGUGAGGAGGAAAAGUCAGGCAAAACAAGAAGAAACAAAUGAGAGUAAGAAAGGUGAUAGUUUACUAGCACGUGAUGUGCAUGAAACUGGCAUAGUGAAAACAAGCAGUGAACAGACAAAUACAGAAAGUAAACAGGUUGUCAGUGGAGAUCAACAAACUGAAGUAAAGGGAGAAAGUCAGACGAAACAAGAAGAAACAAAUCAGAGCACAAAAGAUGACAGUUUACUAGCAUGUGAUGUGUGUGAAACGAACACAGUGAAAACAAGCAGUGAGCAGACAAACACAGAAAGUGAACAGGUUGUCAGUGGAGAUCAACAAACUGCAGUGAAGGGGAAAAGUCAGGCAAAACAAGAAGAAACAAAUCAGAGUAUGAAAGAUGAUAGUUUACUAGCAUGUGAUGUGCAUGAAACAGGUGUAGUGAAAACAAACAGUGAACAGACAAACACAGAAAGUGAACAGGUUGUCAGUGGAGAUCAACAAACUGAAGUAAAGGGAGAAAGUCAGACGAAACAAGAAGAAACAAAUCAGAGCACAAAAGAUGACAGUGUACUUCAAUGUGAUGUGUGUGAAACGAACGCAGUGAAAAUAAACAGUGAACAGACAAACACAGAAUGUGAACGGGUUGUUAGUGGAGAUCACCAAACCGCAGUAAAGGGAGAAAGUCAGACGAAACAAGAAGAAACAAAUCAGAGUACGAAAGAUGAUAGUUUACUAGCACAUGAUGUGUGUGAAACUGGCAUAGUGAAAAUAAGCAGUGAACAGACAAACACAGAAAGUGAACAGAACACGGCCAAACAGAGAGAAUCUGAAAGGAUUUCUACUGGGAAUGACAGCAGAGCAGAAAUACAGAAGACGAAAAAACAUAAAUCAAAGAAGGAAAAAACCACUGUGAGGGAGGAGAAGAUGACGGAUUGCUUGAAAACAGUUCCAGACCAGGAAGAAAUCAGAGUGGUGCAGACACACCAUACUGUCCAACGGAUGCACACUGAAGUCCAACAAGAAGUACUCAUCACUGGAAAUAACCUUCAGCCCGGUUUCCAACAGCAGGGGACAGUUCAGCUACAGAAUAAGGUCAAGUCUCAAAAACAAAAAGAAAAGGCAAGUAAACAACAAGUGAAGGAACAAGCAGGGCAAGGAUGUUGCAGUAUUCAAGUAAAAACAGCCGGCAUGUCAUUACAAGAGGAGUCUAUAAUUUCAGCAGCUAGCAGGGGAGGCAUAGAAAUCCAUGGAGAAAUUCAGAAGAUUUUGCUUGAUAUUGAAGAUCUUCAGGAAGCAUCAGCUAAAGUUGAUCCCAAAAUGGUCCAGGAGUUACUUGCUAAAUUCCCUGAAUGCAUGCUUGGCUCUGAGAAAAAGAGACAGUUUAAGGAAAUUGCAGUCGAGAAUAAUAUGCAAAAUGUAAAAGAGAUCAUCACCUAUGUGAGAAAUCUAGUUGAAGCGAAGCUUACACAUUCAGAGGAAACUGUUGCUAAGAUUGAGCAACAUACCAGUAAAUCCAUAACUGACAAGACUAUUUCUUCUGAAGCUACAUCAAAUGGAUCUAAAAUAAACACCAGGUCCUCAAACACUGAAGUUCAGAAGAACGUUACAAAAGAGAAAAAGACAUCACAUGACAACAGAAAUACUGAAGAGAGUCAAGUAAAACCUGAGUGUAGGGGCAGACCUUCACCCUUGCAUUCGCCAUCACCUGCUAACAUUAACACUGCAUCCACUCAGAUAACUGACACCACCCAGACACUCUCCUCUCCAGUAAUCAACAAGUCCCCUAUUCCCCCAAGCCCUUCAGUAGACAAAUGUGAAUCACCCAUAACUCAAAAGAACAGGGCCACAUCAACUCCGACCUUCGAUAAGUUUGAAGACCAGUCCCAAAUGAAGGACCCCACUGUCAAUCUGACCGACGGAGCACCUCCAUUAGAGGAGCAGAAGCCUGCACAAAUACUUGAAAAGAACUCUGAAAGCGUGGAGUCUCCACCAUCUCCCCAUCACUAUACUGAAGUGAAAGCCAUUGCUGCAGAGCUCUCAGAAAUGUCAGAAUCAUUGCUGAAGCUCGUGUCAGUGAAUGAAAAUCAAGGGCUCUUUGGAGAAGGUCCAAGGGUAGAGGUGAAAAGGAACUAUUCACAUGAGGAUUCCAUCCAUGCCUCUUACGUGGAGGAUCUCAAGCUAGAUGGCAUGGACAUAGAGAAGGAGGAGGUCCCCUGGGUUGACCUGUCAGAGCUUGUCCACAGAUUUGAAACUCCAGGAGAAAAUGUUCACAUUAGAAAAGAAGCUGUUGUUAUAGUGGAAGGACUGGAAAGUAAUACUGAAGACAUAAUUACUGAAGAGGACAAGAGGAUCCUUGACGUGGAAGAAAUGCCAGUUGUUAAUAUCACAGCUAUUGAAGGUCUUUUUGAAAUAACUGAGGAAACUUCAUGUACAAAUUACGAAAAAACAAGAGUGGAUAAAGUGGACCUGAAUGAAGCCAUGAAAGACAGUGUCAUGGAGACACAACCUUCAUUUCUUAUGGAGGACCGUGGGCUGGAGGAUCAAGCUCAACCAGCUGAUUUUACAGAGACUGUCAGGGAGCAGUUCUUAAGCGCUGAUGAUCUUGGCGACGACGGUUUCAAGAGCGAAACCGUCUCCCAGCAUUCAGAGGGCUUGCCAGCCUGCUACCCCCUUCUCUCAAACGCUAAUGUUGUGAAACGUAAGACAGCUGUGUUAGAACCCUCAGAAGGUUCCUCCCACGAGAACAUCGUCUCUACAUCGACAGAGAGUGAGGGCAUCUUCGAAGGAGUUAGCUGUGGUGUCAUACAGGAGAUCACCUCACAGAUUGUGUCACAUCAUUCACAGGAGGGAACAAUUGUGACUGAAGAUUCGAGUUCCGGAGUCAGAGCUGUGCUCUGUGUGUCGCAAGAGGGUUUACCCGAUGGAGUCUCUGAUCGCGGACAAGCAGAACUUCCAUAAGACCUGCUUCCGCUGUGAGCACUGUGGCAGUAAGCUAAGUCUGGGAAACUAUGCCUCUCUCCAUGGACAUAUGUUCUGUACACCACAUUACAAACAACUUUUCAAGUCCAAAGGAAAUUACGAUGAAGGAUUUGGACAGAAACCCCAUAAGGAGUUAUGGAACUCAAAAAAACAAAAU